AUGAUCAGCUUAGGAAGAAGGACCAAGGAAUACCUUACAUUGAAGUGUCCAUUGAAGUGCCCAAGAGAAUUAGGAGAUAUGAUUUUUUGGCAGACCCCAGAGGAGGUGGCACAGCAGGCAGUAGAUGCAGAUGUACAUGUGGUGGGUGCAUCAUCUCAGGCAGCUGGACACAAGACCCUCAUCCCAGAACUGAUUCAAGCCCUCAAGAAGAUGGGCCGUGGAGACAUCCUUAUUGUCUGUGGGGGUGUCAUUCCUCCUCAAGACUAUGAUUUCCUAUUCAAGGCAGGAGUUGCAUGCAUUUUUGGACCAGGAACGAAGAUCCCAACAGCUGCAACGGAAGUUCUCGAUGUUCUCACUCGAGAGAAUCGUAAGAAGCAGGCCCUCUAAGACUUCUUCCACCAUCUGCAGUCGUGAUGCACAUUGUGCAAUACUCAACAUUGAAAUCUCAAGUUGUGAUCUGAAUGACAUGCUGGCUCCUAUGGCCUGUCUUCUCAAAGGUAUCCUUCAAUGGAGGUUGUGGAUGGACUUCUUUUUACACUUGUUUUUUUCUUCUCACUCAAGUCAUCAUAAGUUGUAUGAUAUUCAUGUCACUGUCUCCCCUUUCUGUUGAGCCUAGCCUAUUAUUAACACUAGUCAUGUUUGUGAAGAAUCACUGUCAGCAAGGGAGUCCAGUCUGUUCUCUUGUGAAGUCUGUUGUUUUGGUGCAAUAUAGAGAAACUAAGAAGAGA